AUGAGCUCAAGCAAGCGUGUGACCCGCCGUAGCGCCGCAGCGGCCAACCAGCUGCCUACCGACGCCGACAGCAUCGAUACCACCAACCCCCUCACCUCCAACACCACCGCCGACGCCGCAUCUGCCCCUCGCAAGCGCAAGGCCGCUGCCAACCCCUCGCCACCCGCCGACCGCGAGCAACGCAAGACUAAGCGUCCCCGUGGUGGAAACGCCGCUGAGUCCAACACGCCGACUGCACCUGCUCCAGAGCCUGUCGAGGCGCCGAAGAGAGGAAAGAAGAAGGCGGCAGCCGCCGCUAUGUCAAGUGCUGGGUCUGCUACGCCGCCUCAACCUGAGUCAAAGGCAGAGACUGACAUGGACAGGCCAUCUUCGGACACCUCAGCGGACGCCUCACCACAACAACCUGCUCGAGACUCGUCGAGACGCAAGUCCAGUCGUCGAAAGUCCAAAGAAGAUUCACACCCGUCAGGAUCGGCAGCACCCUCGAGAAAGUCACGCAAGGGCUCGAAGAAGGAUCAAGAUGUGGUGAUGAAGGAUGUGGACGAGAAGGCGAAUGACGCUCCCCAACCAGAUACUGAAGACGAUGACGACCAGCCCCGCCAGGAUGCUGGAGGAGGAGCUGAAGGCAGUGAUGAGCCACCACGUCGCUUUGGCCAAGACGAGCUGGAAGCAGCCAUGGAUCGCGCUGGUGAAGACCCGUUCGCCGCCGCUGGGUAUCUCUCGCGAUGGGGUGGUCCGGGAGGCUUGUCGAGCAGUCUGAGAGCCCUCAGUGGCAUCGUAUCCGGUACCAACAGUCGCCUCCGCGGCAUUCUGGAGCAGCUGCGCGCGAAAGACGAUCCAUCUCUUCAACUCAUCGCUCUGCAAGACCUGUCUGAGCUGCUUCUAGUCUCUAACGAGGAAAACUUGGCCGGCCACUUCAUUCCAGAACAAUACGUCAAGGAGCUUGUCACUUUGAUGCAACCCAACGAAUUCACGGGCGAAGAGAAUCCAGAGAUUAUGCUUCUGGCCUGUCGAUGCAUUGCCAACAUGAUGGAAGCCCUGCCGCAAUCUACAGCCACUGUCGUUUAUGGUGGUGCCGUCCCUGUACUCUGUCAGAAGUUGCUUGAGAUCCACUACAUCGACCUCGCGGAACAGGCAUUGAGCACUUUGGAGAAGAUCUCCGUCGAGUUCCCUUCAUCCAUAGUUCGUGAGGGUGGCUUGACUGCUUGCUUGACCUACCUCGACUUCUUCGCCACGAGCACUCAGCGUACAGCCGUCACCACAGCUGCCAAUUGCUGUCGCAACAUCCCCGAAGACUCGUUUCCUACGGUCCGCGAUGUAAUGCCCAUCCUGCUCAACGCCUUGUCGAGCAGCGACCAGCGAGUGGUCGAGCAAGCAUCGGUGUGCGUGUCACGCGUGAUCGACAGCUUCAAGUACCACGAGUCCAAGUUGGAGGAACUUGUGAGCCCCGAGCUGCUGAAGGCUAUCAUCAGACUGCUUCUGCCUGGAUCCACCAACUUGAUUGGACCAAGCAUUCACACUCAGUUCCUUCGAGUUCUCUCGACCACUGCCCGCGCCAGCCCACGACUUACGGUCGAGCUCUUCAAGAUGAAUGUUGUUGACAUGCUCUACCAAAUCCUCACGGGCGUCUCCCCACCCUCUGGCACUGAUGGUGUUGCUUCUAAGAUCGAUAAGAACGUCAUUAUGCAAUCCAUCAUCCGCACCCCACGAGACCAGAUAUUCGAGACACUCAAUGUCGUCUGUGAGCUGCUUCCAACAGUCUCUCAAGAGCGUCUGAUGUUCUUGGACGAGCUUCAGGACGCUGGCUUUACCGGUGCAGAAUCCGUUUCCAUGUCAACACGCUCAAAGACUUCGCCAAACGACAAGCGAGUCGAGCUUCUGAAAGACUGUCCAGAGCAAGUUCACCGUUUCGCAGUCGUCCUUUUCCCGACCUUGAUGCACGCCUACACCAGCACCGUCAACCUCAGCGUCCGCCAAAAAGUACUGACUGCUCAGCUGAAGAUGCUCUCGAACUUGGACACAGAUGUCCUGGAAGAGGCUCUACGUGGCGUCACGUACGCAUCUCAUCUUGCGGGUAUUCUGUCUCAGCAAGAGAAUCCAUCUCUAGUCACAUUCGCCUUACAAGCGGCAGAGCUACUCCUAAAGCGCAUGGAGACCAUUUAUCGGCCACAGUUCUAUCGCGAGGGAGUCAUAGCAGAGAUUGCAAAGCUAGCAGACCGUGCUGUCAACGCUGAUCCUGAGCCUGAGCCUGAAGUUGCAAAGGCUGAGAACGAAGAGCCACAACCGCGGCCAGAAGUUGAUGAACAACUUGACGAAGAGCACGAGGAAGAGGCUGAGGCAAUUGAGGUCGACGUCGAAGAUGGCGGCUCUGAGGCAACUGAGGACAACGGAGAGAACGAUGACGACGACGCGGAUGAGAAUGAUGGCAACGAAGAGAAUCAAGACGACCAUGACGACGAAGACGAAGAUGAUGGAGAAGACGAUCGUCCUCGGUCUGAAGACUCGGAGUUGCCAUCGAGAGUAGCUGCUCGCCGUGUUCUGGACGUCCAAGACAUCGUCACUCUUCGAGCCAAGCGUUUCAUGGAGGUUCACGGCCAAGAAGGCGAUGAGCAGAUGCGUAACCAAGCCACCAAAGUGCUUGAGAACAUCAAGUCUAUUGCAGACCAGCCGAGAGACCGUUUUGGUCCUGGCAGCAAGCAGAGCGGCAUCUCCCUGUUCAAGCAACUGGCGAAGCACUUCGACGGUGACGCGCUGGAGAGCAUCACAAGCUACGAACUGAUGACUUCUGGAAUCGUAGAGGUUCUGCUCGACAUCUUCAAUGCUGAUGAUGACCAAGCAUCCAUCAGAGCCCGUUCGGACUUCUUGGAAGUUUUCAUGUCGACCUCGAACAACGUCAAGAUCGCAACUGGAGCCGCAGAGUCGCCUACCACUGCCUUCAGUGUGCUCAUCCAUAAGCUUCAAGAGCUUCUCAGCCGUGCCGAACACUUCGAAGUCAUCACCGUUCAUCAAAAUGCUUUUGAGAGCAGCCGAGGCAGCGCAGCUUCCAUGCUAGCAAAGCAGCUGCGCCUCAAGCUUGUGGCAGAUGAAGAUUCAGGCAUUCCUCGUGCAUACCGCAAUAUCAUGGUCUCGAUCCAAGCCAUCGCUACAAUCAAGGGCCUUGAUGAGUAUCUCCGUCCGCGCAUUGCUCUUUCUGAGCGUCCUCGCGGUGGCCGUCGCGAAGGCAUUACCAGUGCUAUGGCGGCCUAUGCUGCCGCGAUGGCUGGUCGUCCAGACAGAGGUGCUCCACCACCAUCCGCCCCGACGUUGGGUAGCUCACUGCCAACCCGUUCUUCAACGAAGAAGUCGUCACGCUCGAAGUCUUCCAAGUCUGAGAGUGCGACUACGGAGCCAGAGCCUACCAAGCCCGAAGAGAGUGCUGGCCGAUCUUUGCGCCGUUCGUCUCGGAGGCAUUCGUCGCAGCCCUCCUCGGCGUCUGCACCUGCACCUCCGCCUGAUGCUGCUGCAGCUGAGCCAUCGUCCUCGCAAGACAAACUCCCGGAAGAUCUGCAAGAAGAGCUGCGUGAAGUUCUAGAGUGCGCAGAUGAGGCUCACAUCUCGGACGAUGACGACGAUGAGGAUGUUGAUGCUGAGCUGGAUGCCAUUGUAGACGACCUUGAGGAUGGCGGUGGCCUUGAGGGCGAUGUCCCAGACCCUUCGGCCGUGAACAUCGAAUCUGCUUCAGGCAAGCUGACGGCGCGUACCGAAGACGGUGCUCGAGUGGCCACACCAUCUCAAGGCGUCCCCACACCCCCGACUGGCCGUGAGCGUUUGUCUGCUUCGGCCAGACUAGCAGCUGCGCGGGAGAUGCUGGCAACGCCAACCUCGUCCUCUCGUCCAAUGUCGUAUGCCUCCGCUUUGCAGCAAACCCCUCAGGACUGGCACAUUGAGUUCAGUGUCAACGGGCAGCCAAUUCCGUUCGAUACCACGAUCUAUCGAGCCUGUCAUUUUAACAUGAGUCAGGGUGACGAGAUCUCUGGGCGCAACAUCUGGUCUGCUACCCAUUCCAUCACUUUGAAGCGAGUGCCAGGACCGCCUCCGUCUGACCGCAGCACACCAACUCCCAGUGCUGACCCUGCCCUUCACAAUGGCCUGCCACCCUCUCUCGACAAGCACCCCGUGACGUCUGGAAUCCUGCGGCUCAUGAGCAUCCUUCACGACUUGAAUGCUAAUCUGGAUGAUGUUUUGACGGAGAACAAGAACGCCGUGAGACUCAAUGCUGAGCCUCCUUCCCAGUUCGUCAACACCAAACUCACCGCGAAGCUGAAUCGACAGCUCGAUGAGCCACUCAUUGUCGCCAGUCAGUGCUUGCCAUCUUGGAGCGAGGAUCUUGCGCGGUUCUACCCCUUCCUCUUUCCUUUCGAGACCCGUCACCUCUUCCUCCAAUCCACGUCCUUUGGCUAUUCCCGCAUGAUGUCGCGCUGGCAGAGCAGCCAUGAGAACGAAUCUCGGCGACAACGCGAAGAGCGUCAGUUCUUGGGCAGAGUGGUCCGGCAAAAGGUCCGCAUUUCUCGCAGCCGCAUUCUGGAGUCGGCGAUCAAAGUGAUGGAGCUCUAUGGUGCAUCUUCGAGCGUCCUGGAGGUCGAAUACUUUGAGGAAGUCGGCACCGGCCUUGGCCCGACUCUUGAGUUCUACUCCACGGUGUCGAAGGAGUUCUCCAAGAAGAAGCUGAAGCUGUGGCGUGAGAACGAGUCCAACGAUGCUGACGAAUUCGCCUUCGGACAGCGCGGUCUCUUCCCUGCUCCGAUGAGCGAGGAGAUAUCGCGCGGCGAGGUUGGCCAGCGUGUCCUCCAUAUGUUCAAGAUGCUGGGCAAGUUCGUUGCUCGAUCUAUGCUGGACUCCCGCAUCAUCGACGUAUCCUUCAACCCUACCUUCUUCCGCAUCGGUGAAGGUUCCUCUACCGCUACGCCAUCCCUUGGAGCCGUUGCCGCUGUUGACCAAGAUCUGGCACGCUCCCUGAAGAUUCUCAAGAAGUUUGCCAGUGCCAAGCAGCGCAUCGACGAAGAGACCAACUUGUCCCCCACCAAGAAGAUGCAGAAGGCAGAGAACAUUCGCAUCAACGACGCCAAGAUCGAUGACCUAGGUCUUGACUUUACCCUGCCUGGGUACGACAACAUCGAGUUGGUGCCAGGCGGUGCAAACGUCAACGUCACCAUUGACAAUGUCGGCGAGUACAUCAAGAAAGUCAUCGACUUUACUCUCGGAGCUGGUGUUCAGCGUCAAGUCGACUCUUUCCGCGAGGGCUUUUCAGCCGUCUUCCCAUACACAGCUCUCAAGGCCUUCACACCAGACGAGCUGGUCAUGCUGUUCGGUCGCGUUGACGAAGACUGGACACUCGAGACGCUCAUGGAUGCAAUCAAAGCUGAUCACGGCUACAAUCUCGACAGCAAGAGUGUCCGCAACCUGCUGCAGGUCAUGUCGGAGCUGUCACCACAGAACAGACGUGACUUCUUGCAGUUCGUUACGGGUAGCCCGAAGCUGCCAAUCGGAGGUUUCAAAUCUCUCACGCCCAUGUUCACCGUGGUGUGCAAGCCAAGCGAGCCGCCUUACACCUCAGAUGAUUACCUCCCCAGUGUCAUGACCUGCGUCAACUACCUCAAGAUGCCCGACUACACCUCGCUGGAGGUGCUCAAGCAGAAGCUCAAUGUCGCGAUCAAAGAAGGUCAAGGAGCCUUCCACCUUUCUUAA